AUGGCAGAUCCAAGACCAUGCAAUGGUGAGAAGGAUGCCAAGCGAAGAUGCCGUAAGGAAGAGGAUGGCGUCAGGCCAUCAUUUUUAGAGAGGUUCUUCGCCAAAUAUGAGUUCACGUGCGAGCACAUGAUCAGUUGCUCAGACUGCCAAGCCUGGACGACGAGGGAAGUGCUGGCUGUGGCGGAUCCAGAGUGCCAAGCAAUGUGGGAUGCUUCCACCCUUGGUUACACAGAGUCUCUGGGACAUCCAAAGCUCCUGGACGAAAUCAGGAAGCACUACACCUAUCGCUUGGGCAACGCACCCUCGCAGAUUCCUGUGCAGAUCACAACUUGCGUCCCGGUCGAAGGGAUUUUCGUUGCCAUGACUGCACUUCUCUCUGCUGGCGAUAGGAUCAUCGCAAUGAUGCCUGCAUACCAGGCAUUGUAUGAGAUUGCUCGCAGCAAGCGCUGCUGCAUUCUGCCUUGGACUCCCCACUACAGCCAGACGGGAUUCUGGGAAUUCCGGCUCAGCGACCUGCAAUCGAUAUUAGAUGAGAACAUCACCGCGGAUGCCCCGCUGAAGAUGCUGAUGAUCAACUCGCCCCACAACCCCACGGGGGCUGCAUUCGACCAAAGUCAGCUGGACGCAGUCUGUGAGCUGGUUACAAAGCUGCCACAAACUGAGCCAGCAGUGAUCUUCUCUGAUGAGAUGUACAGUGAAAUCAUUGGACCAGAAUCACCCAGCAUGGUGGGAAAGGCACGCACGGUGGUACUGUCUGGGUUAUCAAAGCCCUGGGGGAUGCCAGGGCUACGCAUGGGCUGGCUGAUCUGUUCCAACAGCGAAGAUUUCAAGAGCAUGAUCUCCCUCCGGGACUAUACCACUUUGUGCCUACCUCCACACUGCGAGAUCCUGUCCAUCAUCACGCUGCGAUGUCCAGAGACUUUCCUGGUGCGAAACCGACAGAUUGCAGCAAGUAAUUAUUUGCUCCUACAGAAGGUGCUGGAAAGUUUGCCACAUUGGUUCUACCCAAUGAACCAGCAUCAGCAGAAUGAUCGCCCUCAGACCUGGAGGGCUGCCGUAGUCUUUGGGAGGCUGAAGUUGCCACUGGGCGGCGUUGCCCACGGCGUUCCUGCCCAACUGCAAUCCAUCUCUGCCCUGGCGGAACACCUUGCGAAGGAGCACAGCAUCUGCAUGGCUGUCAGCGACUUCUUUGAGUUCGACAACUUUCCAUGCGUGCGCUUUGGUCUGGGCCGCGAGGCCUUCCCGGAAGCUCUGCAAAAACUGCAGCUGGCACUGCAGAAGAUUGCCCCGGGCGCGCAAUAG